UCCAAUCAACUACAUUCACAAUAAAAACAGCGAUUUAAAGGAGUACUUUUAUGAAUCAAUGCAGGCAGUUUGUGUUGAUAAAGCUGGGAAACUGGGUGUGAAACAUGUUCCUCGGCCUGAACCCAAAGAUGGGCAGCUCCUCAUCAGAGUCUCCGCUACCGCUUUAAACAGAGCUGAUCUUCUACAGAAAAAAGGUCUUUACCCACCUCCCCCCGGAGAGAGUGAAAUCUUGGGACUGGAGGCCAGCGGGGUGAUCGCUGACAUCGGUCCUGGGGUCAAGGGGAACUGGAUGCUGGGAAGUAAAGUAAUGGCUUUACUCGGAGGAGGCGGCUAUGCAGAAUAUGUAGCUGUUCCAGAAGAACUCAUCAUGCCUGUCCCGUCAAACCUCAAUCUUCAUCAAGCCGCAGCUCUACCUGAGGCCUGGGUGACUGCCUACCAACUUCUGCACUUCAUAGCCAAAGUGAAGCCGAAUGAGACGGUGUUGAUUCAUGCUGGAGCGAGUGGAGUCGGCACCGCUGCGGUUCAGCUGGUUCGCUUAUGUCGUGCCAUUCCAGUCGUAACAACAGGCAGCCCUGAAAAGUUAACAUUUGCAGAGCAGCUUGGAGCAGCUGUGGGAAUCAAUUACAAAGAGGAGGAUUUCUCAGAAAAAGUGCUGCAAUUCACUGAAGGUAAGGGAGCCGAUGUGAUUCUGGACUGCAUUGGUGGAUCUUUUUGGGAGAAGAACAUUUGUAGCCUUGCGAUGGAUGGACGAUGGGUGCUUUAUGGUGCAUUGGGAGGUAAAACAGCAGGCGGAGACUUGUUUGGCAAGCUUUUGAGGAAAAGAGGGCAUCUGCUUUGCAGUCUCCUCCGAAACAGAAGUUUAGAGUAUAAAGCAGAGCUGGUCAGGAGUUUCAGCGAGCAGGUUUUGCCACACUUCCAGUCGACAGAUCCUUCUCUGUGGCCUGUGAUUGACAGCAUGUUCAACAUGGAAGAUGUUGAAAUGGCUCAUCAACACAUGGAGGCCAACAAGAAUAUUGGGAAAAUCAUUAUCAAAAUUGGAACUUUUUGAUCACAGUAUUAUUAUGGAAUACAGUCAGUAGCAUCACCUGAUCAGCCCCCGUGCAGCGGCAUUGAGAAUAACAUCUAUGCGUUUUCAUAGAGCAACAAUCAGCAGAUUUGAUUUAUGACCACUUAGAAAACUGCCGUCAAUGUUAAAUAUUGGAAAGUUCCUAUAUAAGAUUAAUGAGAUCGAAUGUUGUAAGAGGUUUGAAUCUUCCUAAUAUCUGUUAUUC